AUGGCGGAAGCACACCCCUCGGCCGCAAGCAGCGACACGGACGCGCAGGACGCCGCGGACUUGGCCCAGAUCGGGUACACGCCCGUCCUGAAGCGCACGUUUGGCCAGCUCGAGGCGUGGGCCGCGUCCUUCUGCGCCAUGAACUUUGUCGGCGUGACCCGCAUGCUGCUGUUCGUGGGGCUGAUGUGCGGCGGCCCCCCGGCGGUGUUUACGAGCUCGGUGGUGACCAUCUUUGGGGUGACGGUCACGGCGGCCGUGUUGGCCGAGAUUUGUUCAGCGCUGCCACUCAACGGCUCAAUCUACGUCUGGGCCUCGGAGGCCGCAGGGCGUAAGUGGGGCCGCCUGGUCGGCUUCGUCGUCGGCUGGUGGGCGUCGACAGCGUGGAUCUCGUUCGUCGCGUCCAACUCGCAGGGCCCGGCGCAGUACCUCCUCUCCCUGGGCAUCAUCUACGACCGCUCCAUUCCGGGCGGGUUCAACCCCGAGUCGCAGGCGUACCGCGGCGUCCUGUUCGCCGUGUCGCUUGGGUGCAUGUGGCUUGCUAUCGGGCUCAACUACCUCCCGCCAAGGUUCUUCAAGUGGACGUUUAGGUUCACGGUCGGGCUGUUGUUCCUCGACUUGUUGCUGUCCAUCACUUGGCUCCCCGUCGGCGUCCACCGCACGUACGGCUUCCGCUCCGCCUCCGAGGUCUUCACCAAGACGGCCAACUCGACCGGCUUCGGCUUCGGCUGGGCGUGGGCCCUCUCCUUCUUCUACGGCGGUUUCACCACCUGCGGGUACGAUGCCGCGGGGCACGUGUCCGAGGAGACCAAGUCGGCGUCGACGACCUCGGCCCGCGGCAUCUUCUACUCGGCGCUCAUGUCGUCCGUGCUCACGCUCGUCUCGACUAUCGUGUGGCUGUUCUGUAUCCCGCCCAUCGAGCAGUUCUACGCGUACACCGCGCCGCAGCCCUUUGUCCAGGUGUGGAACGACUCGAUCGGACGCGGCGGCGCGACCUUCAUGACGGUCCUCGCCGUGCUCGGCGCCAUCAUGUCCACGUCGUGCGCCGUCACGGCCUCCUCGCGCCUCAUCUUCGCCGUCGCGCGCGACGGCAUCCUCCCCGGCUCAAAGUGGAUCGCGACCCCGAACGCGCAGGGCGUGCCGACCAACGCCGUGACCGUCAUCGCUGGCCUGUCGACCGCGCUCCUGCUCAUCUCGAUCGGCUCGCAGGUGGCCUUCACGUCUCUCCUCAGCGCCGCGGCGGUGGGAUCCAUCUCGGCGUACGCGCUCAUCGCCAUCUGCCGAUUCGCCGUCACGCCGCGCGAGUUCAAGAACACCAAGUGGAGCCUCGGGCGCUGGGGACCGGCGUGCUACGUGGUUGCGUUUGCGUGGAACUUGUUCCUCCUGGUGAUCCUCUACUCGCCCCUCAGUUACCCCUUCACGGCGCAGAGCUUCAACUUUGCCAUCGUCAUCAUGGCCGGCGUGUCAAUCUUUGGCAUCCUCUCGUGGUGGCUCGUGCCAGAGGACAAGUGGCUGCGGCCGGCGCUCAUCGACGCAAUGCGCAAGCACGCGUACGACGAGGAGGUCGACGAGAAGCGCGAGAGCGACAAGGUCAAGGCGUAGGGUGCGAAGAGUGUAUACAUUGGGAUUAGAAUACAUUAAUGGGAUGCGCUGCUUUCGUCAGCAACAGGAGGCAACUCGGCGCC